AUGGCUGGAGAGAGGAGGAAAGGGAUGCGUUUCAGUAAAUUAUAUUCAUUCAAGUGUUUGAAGCCUUUCUCUAGAGAAGAUCAUCAUCCUCAGAUUGGUUCCAGAGGCUACUCAAGAGUUGUGUUCUGUAAUGAUCCAGAUAAUCCCGAGGCUCUUCAGCUUAAUUACAAAGGGAACUAUGUGUCAACCACUAAGUACACAGCUGCUAAUUUCAUCCCAAAGUCUCUGUUUGAACAGUUUAGAAGAGUUGCAAAUAUAUAUUUCCUCGUUGUUGCUUUCGUUUCCUUUAGCCCUUUGGCUCCUUACACUGCUCCGAGCGUUCUUGCACCGCUCUUGAUUGUGAUCGGUGCCACAAUGGUUAAAGAAGGAGUGGAAGAUUGGAGGAGAAGGAAACAAGAUGUUGAAGCUAACAAUAGGAAAGUUGAAGUUUGUGGUAAAAACGGAACAUUUGGUGAAACAAAGUGGAAAAAUCUCAGAGUUGGUGAUCUUGUGAAGGUUCAUAAAGAUGAAUACUUUCCAGCUGAUCUUCUUCUUCUCUCAUCUAGCUUUGAAGAUGGGAUUUGUUACGUUGAUACCAUGAAUCUCGACGGAGAGACUAAUCUGAAGCUAAAGCAUGCGUUGGAGAUCACAUCAGAUGAAGAGUCAAUCAAGAACUUCAGAGGAAUGAUCAAAUGUGAAGAUCCCAAUGAGCAUCUCUAUUCCUUUGUAGGAACACUUCACUUCCAAGGAAAGCAAUACCCUCUCUCUCCUCAGCAGAUACUAUUGAGAGACUCCAAGCUGAAGAACACUGAUUACGUCUAUGGAGUGGUUGUUUUCACUGGUCAUGACACCAAAGUGAUGCAGAACGCUACUGAUCCUCCUUCAAAGAGGAGCAAGAUUGAGAGGAAAAUGGACAAGAUCAUCUACAUCCUCUUCACUAUCUUGAUUGUGAUAGCUUUCACUGGUUCUGUGUUCUUCGGGAUCAUGACGAGUAGAGAUCUCAAUAAUGGGAAGAUAUAUAGAUGGUAUCUUAGACCGGACCAGACUACUAUCUUCUAUGAUCCACAUAGAGCGGUUCUUGCUGCUUUCUUUCAUUUCUUGACGGCUCUGAUGCUGUACGGUUACUUGAUACCGAUAUCUUUAUACGUGUCGAUCGAGGUUGUCAAGGUCUUGCAGAGUAUUUUCAUCAACCAAGAUCAAGAAAUGUACCAUGAGGAAACAGACAGGCCUGCUCGUGCAAGAACGUCUAAUCUCAACGAAGAGCUUGGUCAAGUGGAUACGAUCCUCUCGGAUAAAACAGGUACUCUCACUUGCAACUCAAUGGAGUUUGUGAAAUGCUCGGUUGCUGGUACUGCUUAUGGACGUGGUAUGACUGAAGUAGAAAUGGCCUUGAGAAAGCAAAAGGGAAUGAUGAUACCUCAAGAAGAAGAAGUUCUUGAUGAUACCUCAAAAGCGAGCAAAAAGUCGGUUAAAGGGUUUAACUUUUGGGAUGAGAGGAUAGUUGAUGGGCAAUGGGUUUAUCAACCAAAUGCAGAGCUCAUACAGAAGUUCUUAAGAGUGUUGGCUAUUUGUCACACAGCUAUACCUGAUGUGAACAGUGAUACUGGAGAGAUCAGUUAUGAAGCCGAGUCUCCAGAUGAAGCCGCUUUUGUCAUAGCGUCUAGAGAGCUUGGAUUUGAGUUCUUUGAAAGGUCUCAGACUUGUAUCUCCUUGCAUGAGAUUGACCACACGACCGGGAAAAAAGUAGACAGAGUGUAUGAGCUGCUUCAUGUCCUAGAGUUUAGCAGUUCACGGAAAAGAAUGUCGGUGAUUGUAAGAAAUCCGGAAAGCCGGUUAUUGUUGCUUUCAAAAGGCGCAGACAGUGUAAUGUUUGAAAGACUUGCAAAGCACGGAAGAAAAAACGAGAGGGAGACAAAGGAACACAUCAAGAGGUAUGCAGAGGCAGGUUUAAGGACUUUGGUGAUUACAUACAGAGAAGUCGAUGAAGACGAGUACAGAAUCUGGGAAGAGGAGUUCUUGAAAGCCAAAACUUUGGUGACUGAAGAUAGAGAUGCUUUGAUUGAUGCAGCUGCUGAUAAGAUUGAGAAGGAUUUGAUUCUUCUUGGCUCUACUGCAGUGGAAGACAAACUCCAAAAGGGUGUUCCAGAUUGUAUUGAGAAGUUAUCUCAGGCUGGGGUCAAGAUAUGGGUUUUAACCGGAGAUAAGACAGAAACCGCAAUAAAUAUUGGGUAUGCUUGUAGUCUCUUAAGAGAAGGCAUGGAAAAGAUUUUGAUAACUCUAGACUCACCUGACAUUGAAGCCUUAGAAAAACAAGGAGACAAAGGUGCUGUUGCAAAGGCUUCUUUUCAGAGUAUUAAAAAGCAGUUAAGAGAGGGAAUGUCACAAACUGCUGCAGCAACAGAUAAUUCAACCAAUGAAAAUCAAGAAAUGUUUGGUUUAGUGAUAGAUGGAAACUCCUUAACUUAUGCAUUGGACAAGAACCUGGAGAAAGACUUCUUGGAACUUGCGAGUCGAUGUAAUUCUGUUAUAUGUUGCCGCUCUUCACCAAAGCAAAAGGCUCUCGUUACAAGAUUGGUGAAAAGCGGGACUGGUAGAACAACACUAGCCAUUGGAGAUGGCGCAAAUGAUGUUGGAAUGCUUCAAGAAGCCGAUAUCGGAGUCGGUAUAAGUGGUGCCGAAGGAAUGCAGGCAGUGAUGGCUAGUGAUUUUGCUAUUGCUCAGUUCCGGUUUCUUGAACGGUUAUUGCUUGUUCACGGUCAUUGGUGUUAUAGACGAAUCGCAAUGAUGAUAUGUUACUUCUUCUACAAGAAUCUCACAUUUGGAUUCACUUUGUUUUGGUACGAAGCGUAUGCUUCUUUCUCUGGCAAACCGGCUUAUAACGAUUGGUACAUGUCUUGCUACAACGUCUUCUUCACUUCUCUUCCGGUUAUUGCUCUUGGAGUCUUUGACCAAGACGUCUCUGCUCGUCUUUGUCUCAAGUAUCCGUUACUGUACCAAGAAGGUGUACAAAACAUAUUAUUCAGCUGGGGACUAAUUCUUGGUUGGAUGUUGAACGGAAUCAUAAGCUCAAUGAUCAUUUUCUUCCUCACAAUCAACACAAUGGCGGGACAAGCUUUCAGGAUCGAUGGCCAAGUAGUCGAUUAUUCUGUUCUUGGAGUGACAAUGUACUCUUGUGUGGUCUGGACGGUGAAUUGCCAAAUGGCGAUUUCGAUAAACUACUUCACAUGGAUCCAACAUUGCUUCAUUUGGGGAAGUAUAGGGUUUUGGUAUCUGUUUCUUGUCAUCUACGGUUCUCUUCCUCCGACAUUUGCCACGACUGCGUUUCAGGUUUUUGUAGAGACAUCUGCACCGAGUCCGAUCUGUUGGCUCGCUCUUGUUCUGGUUGUGUUCUCUGCUCUCUUGCCGUUUUUCUCUUACAGGGCGUUUCAGAUCAAGUUUAGACCCAUGUACCACGAUAUUAUUGUUGAACGGAGGAGAACGGAACGGCCGGAGAGUCGGAGUAGUGCGGUAUCCGGCGAGCUUCCGGUGCAAGUUGAGUCUACUUUGCAUCAUCUUAGGGUAAAUUUGUCGAGAAGAGAUUCUUGGAAUUGA